AUGUCACUGUGGGAAGAGAGGGACAACCCCGUGGAGGUGUAUCUCUUGGGCACUAGCAUCCAGCCUAAUCACAUGGAAAUUAAGGGCAGGAUCAACAUCUCUAACUUUGAGAGAGUGCCUGAGGAGGAGUGGCAGAGCACCAGUGCGCCCAGGACACAGGACAAUUGUGAAAGCCAUGGCACCCACCUGGCAGCCCUGGUCAGCGGCCAGAAUGUUGGCGUGGCCAAGGACAUCAAGAUACACAGCCUGCGUGUGCUCAACUGCCAAGGGAAGGGCACCGUCAGCGGCAUCGUCAUGGGCUUGGAGUUUCUUUGGAAACAGCUGGUCUCCAAUCCCUCCAAGCGCAUGGUAGUGCUGCUGCCAAUGGUGAGUGGGUACAGUCAGAGCAUCAACGAUGCCUGCAAGCGCCUGGCAAGGGCUGGAGCAGUGCUGGUGGCCGCUGCGGGCAACUUUCAGAGCAAUGCCUGUGCCUACUCUCCAGCAUCGUCUCCUGAGGUCAUCACUGUUGGAGCUGUCAAUUUCCUGGACCAGCCUUUCACCCAGGGACCUCUGGGGACCAACUAUGGAUCCUGUGUGGACAUCUUUGCUCCUGGGAAAAGCAUUGUCAGUGCUGACAAAGACUGUACCAUUUGUUAUGUAAGAAAGAGUGGGACCGCGCAGGCCGCUGCCCAUGUGGCUGGCAUUGCAGCCCUGAUGCUCACUGCCCAGCCAAACCUCACUGUGGCUGAGCUGAAGCAGAGGCUGCUCCACUACGCUAUCAGCAAUGCUAUCGAUGACACCUGGUUCCCAGUAGAACAGCGAGUCAAGACCCCCAACCUGGUGGCUGCACUGCCCCCAAGCACCCAGGAAACAGGUGGACAGCUGUUCUGCAGGACUGUGUGGUCAGAAUCCAGGGGCCUCAGGCUGACACACGCUGCUGAGGCUCACUGUGACCCGGAGGAGGAGCUGCUGGGCUGCUCCAGUUUCUCCCAGAGUGGGAAGCGGCAGGGCGAGCGUGUGAGGAUCCUAGGAAACAGACGUGUUUGCCUGGCAUUUGGAGAUAGUCAGGUUUCUGCGGUGGCCAGAUGCUGCCUGCUCCCCCGAGCCAACUGCAGCGUCCACACAGCUCCUCCAGCCUUGGUGGGGCUGAAGACCUACACCCACUGCCCGGAUCCUGACCAAGUCCUCACAGGCUGCAGCUCCCAUUGGGAGGUGGAGAAUCUUGGUGUCUUCCCACAUACCACACCUAAGAGAGGUACUAAUCUGCCCAGACGGUGUGCGGGACACAAGGAGGCCAGUGUCCAUGCUUCCUGCUGCCAUGCUCCGGGCCUGCAGUGUACAACGAAGAAGUACAGGCCUUUAAGCCCCUUGGAGAAGGUCACCGUGAGCUGUGAUGCAGGCUGGACCCUGACCAGCUGCAAUGCCCAUCCUGAGAACUCAGUCACCCUGGGAGCUUUCCCUGUGGACAACACAUGUGUGGCGAAGCACCAGGAUCCUGACGAAACAGGAAGGACCAGUGAGGAGUUUGUAAUAGUCAUCGCCAUCUGCUGCCGCAUCCAGUCUUCAGGACAAGCAUAG